UAAUAUAAAAUAUAUUACCUAAAAUGUGCCUUUUUCUUACUGCACUCAGAUGAUUGAUUCAUGCUGAAGAAGAUUUUCAAAUUGUUCUCAUCCUUAGAGCCUAUACAUGCAAGGUUAAAUAACGCGAGAAAGCCAUAGCCAGAAUAGUUCCUUUAACGUAUGUUAAUUAAUUAUUCAUUUUUACUGGCACUGUCAGCUCCCUGCUCGCCCUUGACGAUAUUAAGUAGUCCCGCCUCCAGCGCGUAAAGCCAUAUUGCGCCUUUACGCACUGUCCUCACUUAGAGAAGCGGGGACCUAAAGAAGAUGCUGUUCGUAUUCAGGCGAGAUACUCGCAGCAUUUAAGAUCAUUGUUCCCUCAAGAAUUGCCGUGGACAACCCAGAGGCUGCAAAAAUGACUGCUAAAGCCACAGGGUGCACCAACGCUUCCAUCCAAGUUUGCGAAAACAAGACUAAUGCCGGUGGGAAUGUAUCUGUUGGAUUUCCAAUAUCCAUGAUGGUCACUGGCGUAGUUGGCAACUCUUUGGCUCUCAUUCUGGUGUACAUAUCAUACAGAAAAAAGGAAAACAGAAGAAAAAAGUCUUUCUUACUUUUCAUCGGAUCUUUGGCUUUGACAGAUCUGUUCGGACAACUUUUGACCAGUCCAGUUGUUAUAUCAGUCUAUCUGGCUGAUUUGAACUGGUGCGCAAUUGACACUACUGGGAAGCUGUGCAAAUACUUCGGUGUUUGUAUGACAACUUUCGGGCUGUGUUCUCUCUUUUUGGCCAGCGCCAUGGCUUUAGAAAGGGCCAUGGCGAUAACAAACCCCCAUUGGUACUCUAAUCACAUGAAGACAAGCAUGACAAAGCUGACACUGGCUGCCAUAUGGUGUCUUGGGUUUCUCUUUUCUCUGCUGCCUAUUGCGGGGAUCGGGGAGUACACGAACCAGUGGCCGGGCACCUGGUGCUUCAUCAGCACCGGGAAGAGUGAGGCUCCUGGCAAUGUGUUUUUCGCCAUCACUUUCGCUGUUCUUGGGAUUUUCUCGCUACUUGUGACACUAUCCUGCAACGUGAUGACUAUCAGAGGUUUGAUCAUCCGGUGUAAAACAAAGACUGGUGCAUCCCAGUCUUCAAAGCAGUGGGAGCGUCUCACCACGGAGACUGUCAUUCAGCUCUUAGGAAUCAUGUGCGUCCUGAUUAUUUGCUGGUCUCCUCUGCUGUUAUUGCUGCUGAGGAUGAUCUACAGCCAAGUUUCCUCCCAAGAAUGUAAGUCAACAAACACAACAUCCAUUUCCAUCCAGAGCAAAGUUUCAAAUCUCGACUGUGACUUCUUUCUGACCGCAAUACGUUUGGCCUCCCUCAACCAAAUCCUGGACCCGUGGGUCUACCUGCUCCUGAGAGAGAUCCUCCUGCGAAAGUUCUGCAUCAUGGCCAAUGCCGUCUCCAACUGCUCCGUUGAAGAUCAGAAGGAGAGCCAGACAGCACUGGAUGCUCUCAACAAACAGAAUCAACAUGGCAACAACAUUUGUAAAGCAACAAGUAACUAAAUCAGCGUUUGGCAAUAAUUACCAUCCUAUGACCUUCUGGUCAAAAUGCUUUCAGAACUAAAGAAAUAAAAAAGGAAAGCAAAUAAGUGCAUAACCUGCUUCACUAGGACUGUGCAGUGGGAUGCAGCUGAGCCUCCUGUACAGGUACAGGCAUCUGUUUUGUUUAAAACACAUUUCAUAGAAGGGUACUGAACCAGCAUGUGAAUGCAUGACUCUGCCAUCCCUUAAAUCUGGCUGCUGUGCGGCCAUCAGAACUUUCUUGUGACCAAGGUUAAUAUAAACUUUUGAUAGAUGCAACAUCUGCAUGAGAGUUACUCCUGACUGAUAACUCCUUUGAGGCAAUGGGUUGAUUGUAAGACUAUCUAAUGUAAGUUUUGUUGAAUGAAGAAGACUAUGAGAAAAGUGCUGAAAAUAUGUUGUAAAUAAAUUUGCUUUCUCUUCUGUGAUGCAGGUCAUUUUGCUUAAGAAGCAAUCAUAUAUAUUCUAAACUGGAGCCUAUGGUUGAAAAUACUGUUAUUUAUUGGUGUCUGUAAGAUUUUGUCCUAAUGAAGUUAUCUGUCUGGUUCCACUUUUUGCAAAUUUAGACCUACCUGCACAUCGCGCUUCUUGACUACCAGCUAGGAUUAAUAAAUGUGAAGCUUGGUUGGCAGGUCUCAUCCUGAACAUUAAAUACAUUGCACAUGUAGACCAUCUUCUGCAGUAUUUGUUUCAAAUACCCAAGAAACUGAUAAUAAAAUGUUAUGUUAUGGAAUGGCGUGUAUACCUGCGGUGAGUGACAUAAUGAGGUCAUGGCACAAAACUUCUUGUUAGGGAACUGUACACUCUGCAACUUGUUGCAGACUGUACAGUAUUUUCACCAGCCAGUUAAUAACAUGUUAUGGUUUUAUAUUACAUACGUCAAAGUAGGUGCACUGUAUACAGUAUGUUUAAAACUGACCACCACUUGAAAUUAUAUUCAUCAUAUUUAAAUUGUUUUAUGUAUAUGGAUUUUUAAUUAACGUCUUGCCUGCAGUGGAUAGUAUCUGAAGUACAAAUGUAUAUAAGUUUGUGCUGGAGGGUAAAGCCAACAGCUUGGUCAAAGAGGGCCUACAUAAAAGGAGCUUAAAACUUAAAACCUCCUAAAACAAGUUCCAGCUCAACAGCAUCAUAGCAAAUGUUUUUUAUAUACCUUUUAACAUUGAUAACACAAGGAGAAACGAUUAUUUACCCUGAUAAAGGAGGUUGGAGGUGGUGCACCAGCAGUGACCUUCCUGUGUUACCGAAAUUGGAAUAAGUAAAGCAUUUAUACACUAAAUUAUUGUGGUGCCAAAGACAGAAAUACCAAAGUGCUAUAUGUGAUUCUGUGUGGCUUUGGUCUCAUUUUGUUGUGGGAAUUCUAUGUAGACACUGAAUGAAAACACUAGCCUUGUAAGAAACCAGCCUCUUGUUCUACGCUUUGCUUUGUACAGAGGGUCUGGGUUCUUGGCUGUUGACAAAUUGCUUGCUUGAACUCUGUUGGGGUUUUUAAUUUAACCCAGUGGCAAAGGUUUACCCAUGACAUAUGUAAUGUGCCAGUUUGAUGCUACAAAGCUUACCAGAAAUUGCAUUCUUUGUAAACAACUAUCUUCUACUUAGAAGAGAGACACAGUUGAGGAUAUUUAUAUCUUGUUAACAGUUGACUGAAUAUCUUCGUUCACUUCCUCCACAGCCAUUGGUUAAACUGUAGGUAGAGUAGAAUACUAUAAAAGUGCAGAAACCUCUCCUUCUGUUCACUAAUUGGUCGGGUUUAAAUUUUAUUGGAGGAAUCCAAUAAAAUGAGAAAAAGCCCAAUUAUUGACAAAACUUAUUGAGAGCCACAGAGGACAUAAAAAGCCACAGGUUGUAGAGCCCUGAACUAGCUGUUAGCUUCAGUAUUAAUCAGCAAAUCUGAAUUUCGCAAAACUUAUUAAUUUCUCUACUGCAGGUAAGAUAUUUACAUCUAAGACAAUUACCUUUCAACAGUAACUCAAGUAAAAUCCUGAACUGUCUAAUUAGUUUUAAUAAUAUAGACAACAUUAUCAUACAAAAGCUUUUCUCAUCUGAGGUUUGUCAUAUUGUUUUGUAGUUUUGACCGUAAAUGAGGAAAUUGGUUUGUAUAUUCAUAUUACCUAUGCUUUCAUUGUUUCUAUGUGUUUUGCGUUGUACUUGACAGUUGACCUCUUGUUAGGACUUUUAAAGUGAAUAUCAACUGACAAAUAAAAAAAAAACAUGAAAAGAAGCAGAAAUGAUACUGUGAAAUGUACUGGUUACAUUGUUGUUUAUGUUCAUACAGUAUAGCUACUCAUUUGUUUGGAUGCUUUGGGUGUAUCAUAGUGUACUCUACUUUCUCUCAAAGUCAGCAGAAUUUACUCCGUUUAAUCCCCGUGCUCCUGCUAAACAGAGUUAUUUAUUCACAGCUUUUACACACAAAGUGCAAUUUGUCAAGAGGGCUCAGAUGGAAUCGAUGUACCUUAUAAUGAGGUAGCUUGAUCUCUGUCCCAACUCUCUAAACGUCAAUAUGAAAAAAAAUAAGGGUAACUGUGCCUAUAUUUUAACAGCUGUGUUAUUCUGAUAUUUGAUAUUAUAUUUCUAGAGUGGCAUCAUUUUGACACUACAUAAUUUCUUCAUGUCUGGAAAAGUGAGAUUGACAUAAGACAUGUCAUGUUCCUGGUUCUAGCAGUUAACCCACCUCUCUGCCUCCUUUGCACAUCAACCAAUCAGAUUAGGCUAAUGUGCACCAUCAUCCGUGCCUGGUUUUGCCUUUGCCUUUUAACUGUGAGAAGACACACAAGCUCAGUGAUAAUGACCCUAUCGGAAAUUGUUAUCUCUGAAAGCGAUGUGAAAGAUGAGGAUUUUUUUUUCCCCUGUUUCCAAGUAACUGUUAAUUUGCUGAGAAAAACAGAGCCAAUCUGGGAUUGUCUUGUGCUAGUUGUAAACACUGUUUGCUAAAACCUGUUAGAUGAGAGAAAAAGAAUCAGAGGUUAAGAGAAAUCGAAACAUUUUACUCCAUGAUGAAUCAAUAGUUAUGAUUACUAUAGAUUUCAUUGCAUUAUGUAAAUGUGUUUCUGAAAGAAUAAUGUCUUCCUCAGCAAUUACUCAGUUUCACUACAUAUAAAUGGAUUCGCUUUGGUGUAAGUGGUUUUCACCUGAAUUAAUAUUGAAACUAAUUGAGCAUGUGGCGUGGCUGCGCAUUAGCAACAUUUAUCCUGAGCAAAUGUCCACCUGCAGCAGCUAACAUGAACGCAAAUGGGCAGCUCUGUGCUUUGUGUUUUACAUUUAAAAUAAUGAAUAUUAAUAAUGUUUCAGGAUACAACCUAAUCACAUUACACUUGAAGCUACAACAUUUAAUAGCUUCUGUCAUACCAAAGCUUCUUGAUAAAAUGAAUUAAAAUAAGGAAUAUGCCCUUAAAGCAUCCUACUGUGGAAGGGAAAGUGUGAGGAUUGUAAUUAAUUUGACCAGAUGGAUGUAGUAAGAUGCAAUGCAAUAUUUACUGAGACCAUUUCCUGUUGUACUGCAACACAGUUUUGGUCAUGAAUUAUGUAUGAAUAUUUGAUCCAAGGUCUACCCGAGGGUAUUAUGGGAUGAGAAUAUCAAGAAAUCCUCUUUAUGGACCCACAAAGCUCAGAGAUAAUGUUUGUCCUUACUUAGAGAUUUACCAGAAAUGUACUUAAUAUAUGUUUAUAAAUUAUUCUGUCUCACUAUGACCCAUUUGCCUUAUGUUUCAAUACCGUAGAAAAACUUAAUUCCGUGGGGAAAUUAUGCUUAAACGUCUACUUAGUUUACAUUGUACAUACACAAUUUGAUCUUUAAGCAAGGCAGGCUGCCACAAAUGUUUUGGACAUGUAAAAAUAUCCCCCUGUAUGUGUGUCACGGGGUGUACAUGUUAUGUAUACCCAACAUGUGCACCACUGCUGCAGAACUGCUACAGCCGUGACUCAGAAACAGUCUAAUAAUAUUACUAGAUCUCAGUAAUAUGUUGUCUAUGUUGUCUUCAUUCAAGAAGAUAUACUCACCUCGGCAUACUUUACACUUGAAACUGAAAGUAAAUGUUUCAGAUUAUUUAAGUUAAUGCUUAUCUGACCAAUUAGGGACAUUCACGGAGCAUUAAAGUUUGCUUUGUAAGUGAGUCGUUGAUCCUUAAAUAUGUAGAAAAAGCAAAAAAGUGAUAUGAAAGCAAAAAUAAUGUUCCUGGUAACGAUGCAACUCCACAGUGAAAUCUGCACUUGCAAAGAUGUAACAAGAUUUUAAAUUUUGCAGAAAUUCCCCCUCACUUCCUCACAUUUCAGCUUGUGUAGCAUGAGUCUUUCAAUGUGACAGUACAUGCAACAUGCCACAAAAAUGUAUCUGUAAACAGUGAUUAUCAUUGUUUUGGAGAACAGCGAUAAUCAUCCUUGACUAUAAGAAUUACUACGUUUGAGUCUGUGACCUGAUGAAAUUAUCUGUUUUUGUUGAAAGCAGGCCCGUCCCGAGGGGCAUUCACACACAUUUAUUCUGCACCAGCAUUAUUGGGAAGCGUGCAAUUACAUAAUGACCAAAUCCAGAAAUGCUAGUUGGCCUGCUCUCAGACACUAAUGCAUGGGAGUGAUUUACUGAUUUCCUUUUGACCUUGGUGUCUUGAGAUUUUUUUGAUAAGGAGAGGAUGUCUGACAAGAGUGUGGUUGAAUGAUGCGUCUUAAAGAAUGAUUCACUUUGGUUUAAUAUCUUUAACAUGCAGAAUACUAGAUGGAUUAGUCAAAUUCUAAAAUGUAGUAAAUAUGUAUUGUACGAAUAGCAUUAAUUCUCCAUCUGCAAGAAAAAAUGCCAUAACUUUAUCUUUCCAUUUGUAUUUGUCAUGUAAACUGGUUUCCUACAAAAUGAUCCUGUUCUUGUUUAUAAGAAGAACUAGAUAGGACAUUUUGUUUUACUUUUCUAAUUUUGCUGGUGGCAUAACAAUCAUAAACAUUUUACAGAUAAUGCACAUAAUGACCUGUUUUCAGAAACUAUGUUGAAUAAACAACCAGAAAAGACAGAAACGUAAGAUGCACCAACAGGAAAGUGCUCCUUAAGUCCAUGUUUAAGAGCAAACAUGGAUUUUCUGUGCGCACAGAAACAAGUUUGUCUAAACCUAUGUGAUCAAAUGCUACAGAUGUUUUUGUGCACGCGAUGCCUGUGCAUACCACUGAUCAAAGUUCUCUAAAUUACAAAAAACAUCUUUGAAAAGGGUUUUUAGAUGAGGGCUGCAUCCCACUUCAGUUCUUUCUUUGUUUUAUUUCUUAUGCACUGAGUGAGCAACGCUGUAGACUUGUGCAAUCGUGUGUAAUUUUUAUCUUCAAAAGGCUUAUGUAAUUCCUUGUUGAAAUGAAAAUAGAAAUGACUGUCUUUCCAGACAGGUGUUUCCUGAUAUCUACAGUAUGUCUCUGUUCUGUGUCAGUCCAACAUAUAGCCCUCCUUUUAGUCAUUAUGUAGUCCUUCAAAUACAAUAAUCCCAAAUAACAAGAAAAUAGAAAUUAAUCAAGUUCUUUCACAAAGUGCAGUAAAAAGCAAAAGACACACUGUUGAACUUUGUGUGUUUUUGUGCUAAACAAUAUGACGUGGAUGUAAUUUUCUUCUUCUAAAUAUAUUCAACUUUGUGAAUGUAUUUUGCUGCUGGCCACUGAAAAGCAUAUGUAGGCUUCUUGUUGUUUACGCAUUGUGUUUCUAAUGGGCUAAUAAAAAGAUCAAUGUGGUAUUAACAGUG